AAACCAUAUCACUAAGACAUAACUAGUAUAAAUAUCAUUGGUAUAGACUAGCCUACAUGUACCACAAAUUAAAGUAGGUGUAGUCACCUCGCAAGGGAAGGCAAAAGAGCUAAAAAGAAGGUGGGAGGGAAAAAAGAGAGUGAAAAUGGUGCAAGAGGAGAUGAGAAAGGGUCCAUGGACUGAACAUGAAGAUGUUCAGCUGGUUCUUUACGUAAACUUGUUUGGAGAUCGCCGUUGGGAUUUCAUAGCAAAAGUUUCAGGUUUGACGGUGGCGGGAGACGUAUACUAGGUCUGAAAAGAACAGGCAAGAGUUGCAGGUUACGUUGGGUUAAUUACCUGCAUCCUGGUCUGAAAAGAGGCAAGAUGACACUCCAGGAAGAGCGUCUUGUGCUCGAGCUUCACUCCAAAUGGGGAAACAGAUGGUCAAGAAUUGCUCAGAAAUUACCGGGACGAACAGAUAACGAGAUAAAGAAUUAUUGGAGAACCCAUAUGAGGAAAAAGGCGCAAGAGAAGAAAAGGGCUAUUUCUUCAUCUUCAUCAGAUUCUAACUGCUCUUCCGCAUCAUCUAACAGUCCUCCAGAGGAUUCUGUACCAGUCAUGGAGAGUAAGGAGCGGACCUUUUAUGACAUAGGAGGCCUUGAUGUGAUAGCUCCAAGAGGAAAGAACACUAACACAGAAGAGGAAAAGAAUGAAAACGGGUUCUUCUCCAUGGAUGAAAUAUGGAAAGAUCUUGCUUUUCCAGAACAUGAUCAUGCAGUAAAACCAGUUUCCGGUGGCUAUAGUGAAGAAGAAUGCAACUUCUCUUGUCAAACUAUAGCAUCUCCAAUAUGGGACUAUGGUCCAGAGUCUCUCUGGAUGAUGGAUGAAGCAGCGGUUCACAUGUUUCUUCCCACAAGCGAGCAAUGUCUGUCCUUGUACGGACAUGAAAGCUCGUUUUUAACUGGCUAAUCAGUUUUUCAAUUUUCUAGUAAUUGUUCUUAGAUGUGAAAAUAUCUUGAGGAAGCUCUAACUUGUAUAGCAGGGGCUUUGUAGAUCUACAUAACUUCUUGUUAUAGGUCUCCAGGAUCAGGAACUGGAAGUCACUGUAAUCAUCUGAUGCAUAACAUAGUUGUGUGUCUUGCUGUUCUAUGUAUUAAUUGUCUAAGGAAGAGAGAACUUUGCAGAAUCUCGCUUGAGGAGUGUGCUAUAUUUCAUGGAUGUAAUGUAUUAUACACGUGCUUAGGUUUUAAUCUUGUAUCAAGCCCAUGUUAUAUAACACAAAUUUAUGCCUUCAAAGAGACUUUAGGACGACCUUAGUGUAGUAGUGAAGUUGCUCUGCCGCGAU